AUGGCCGAGGAAUUCAUCAUCAAGAACAUAGACAAAGGACCUGAAUUGGUCACAAUCACGCUGGAAACCGGUGUAUCCUUUGAGUACUUGAAUAUAUGGUUAAGGGAUAACUGUCAUUGUUCAGAAUGCUACAAUUCAGAAACUUAUCAGCGUCUUCUUGAUACCUUCUCGAUCCCAGAUGAUAUACAUGUUAAAGAUAUCAAACAAUCAGCCAAAGGUAUUGAAGUCGCCUGGAGUGAUAAUCACAACUCAAUAUACAACUUACAAUGGCUAUCUAACCACACAAGAGGUGUCACCAAUUCAGAACUAACCAAAAAAGAUCUUUUCCCUAAGCAAAUUCUUUGGUCAACAGAUAUCAUCAAAAAUCAAAUCCCAAAAGUUGAAUACAAAGAUGUCUUGAGCAAAAAAUCCAAAGAUUUCUACAACAAUAUUCACAAAUAUGGAUUUACUUUUAUUGAUAAUGUUCCUGUUUCUCCAGAAGAUACUGAAAAACUAUGUGAUUCCAUCGGAUACAUCCGUGUUACUCAUUAUGGUGGGUUUUGGGAUUUCACCACUGAUUUGGCAAUGAAAGAUACUGCGUAUUCAGAAAUUGAGAUCCCAUCACAUACUGAUGGUACAUAUUGGGAGUAUACUCCUUACUUACAAUUGUUCCACUUGUUGUUCCAUGAUGGUGAAGGUGGUAAUACUACACUGGUUGAUGCUUUCAAAUGUGCCGAGGACAUGAAAAGAGAAUAUCCGGAUCAUUAUAAGUUCUUGUCCACCCAAAAAGUGGAUUGUCAUUCUUUAGGCGAUGUGUAUCUGGCUCAAUCAAAACCAAUAUUUAUUCAUAAUGAUGAAGGUGAAUUGAUUCAAGUAUCUUGGAACAAUUCUGAUCGCUCUUCAAAUUUUGGUGCUUCUAAUCAAGACCUGCAAAUGUUUUACGAAUCCAUCAAAAUUUGGAAUGAAAUCAUCCAUAGAGAUGAAAACGUUUUAAACCAUCGUUUGAAACCUGGUCAAGCACUAAUCUUUGAUAAUUGGAGGUGUCUUCAUGCAAGAAUAGGAAUAACUACUGGUAAGAGAAGAAUGUGCGGUGCAUACUUUGAUAAAGAAGACUUCCAAAGCACCCUAAGAAUGAUCAAUACCGAUUCACAACAAAAGCUAUUUGAAUCCUUAUAA